AGAAAUUAGAUCAGCUGUUGGGCGUUUGCACAUACUACAUAUUCCAUUCGGUGCAGUUUUAUGCAAUUUUGUAAGACAUUCUAAUGGAUAGUGAGCCACCAUACGAUGGUCGUCUGGUUGAUUUAGUGGAUAACGAGUGGAUCGCCGACGAGUUACCUUUCGACCACAUUCAAGUGCCUUGUGAUAAAUUGCCAGAUCCCGAGGCGGAUAAUGGCGAUUCGCAUAUGACGCUGAAAGAACAAGAACAAAAAUGGACUGACUUGGCCCUCGCCUCGCUGGCUCCGGAUCUAUCAGUCACAGAACAAGUUAAUUUUCCAGGUGUUUAA